AGGGAAUCUCCAGCGACCCGAGCAGCGGCCCGUGGACCAUGAGCGCGGAAUCGAGGUGGACGGCGGCCCCGGUCCAGACUCCCAAGACGGAGGGCCGGAUCCGGGAGGGCCAACCCGGCCGGGACGAGGACGGCGAGCUUCCCGCCCGGCGCUUCCGCCGGUUCCGCUACCGGGAGGCUCCCGGCCCCCACGAGGCCCUGGGCCGGCUCCGGGAGCUGUGCCGCCGGUGGCUGAGGCCGGAGGAGCGCACCAAGGAGCAGAUCCUGGAGCUGCUCGUGCUGGACCGGUUCCUGGCCAUCCUGCCCGGGGAGAUCCAGGCCUGGGUGCGGCUCCAGGAACCGGAGAGCGGAGAGGAAGCGGCGACCCUGGUGGAGGACUUGGAGCGCGAGCUGGAUGCGUCGGAGCGGCCGGUUCCCACCGGAGAGGAAAUGCUGCGGGAAGAUUCAAUAACCUCGGGAGCAGCCCAAGAGUCACUUGGUAUUCCUCACGCCGGCUCUUCCCCGCAAGCUCUUCCCGCUCCCCAGAUCCCGGCCUUUCCCCAGGAGGAGACCCCAGGAGUCCGGACAACGGUAGCUGGACUUCCCGAGGCCAGGGCUCAGGGAUUGGUGGCAUUCGAGGAUGUAGCCGUAACCUUCACCCGGGCAGAGUGGGAGCGUCUGGACGCCCCUCAGUGCGGCUUGUACUGGCAAGUGACGCUGGAAAAUUACAGGAACCUCGCCUCACUCCAAUGUCCAGUUCCCAAGCCUGAUGCCAUCUUCCCGCCGGAGGAAGGGAAAGACGCCCGCCGUCCGGACGAGCAGGAAACCGAGGACGGAGAGACCCCGAGAAACCCCGGCAGGUCCCCAGCCGGUAAGAGCGGGACCGAGAUCGAGUCAACUCCCUCAAAGCGGGACGGAGUUGGAGAAGCCGAUUUGCCUAGGGUGUUGUUGGGAAGCCUCCAGCAGAAUAUCCUCACAGCUUCUGAGGAUGGAAGGACCCGGGACGCCGAAGGUCGGUCAGGAAAGCCAGGCAGGAACCCCGCGGCCCGAAGACGGAGCAGAUUCCCCGACCGGGGCGGGGAUUUCAAGGACCUCAAAGAACUUAAGCGGAAAACCGCCGCUGAAAAGGGAUCCAGCGGCGGCGAGAAAGCCUCCGUAUGGAGGGCGUACCUCACCCGGCGGCCUGAAGUUCAUCCCGGAGAGAAGCCCCACAAAUGCAGUGAAUGCGGGAAGGCCUUCAGGUGGAGCUCGGGCCUGACCGAACAUCGGAGAAUCCACACCGGAGAGAAGCCGUACAAGUGUAACGAGUGCGGGAAAGCCUUCAGCUGUAGCUCGACCUUCAUCGGACACCAGAGGAUUCACACGGGAGAGAGGCCCUACCGGUGUAGCGAAUGCGGGAAGGCUUUCAGUCACCACUCAGCCCUCGUUCGGCAUCAGAGAAUUCACACGGGAGAGAAGCCCUUCAAGUGCGCCGAAUGCGGCAAGGUCUUCAGCCGUCACUCGACCCUCAUUCAGCAUCGGAGAAUUCAUACCGGAGAGAGGCCCUUCCAGUGCAGCGACUGCGGGAAGGCCUUCGGCCAACACUCGGCCCUCAUCGGGCAUCAGAGAAUUCACACCGGAGAGAUACCCUACAAAUGCAGCGAAUGCGGGAAAGCUUUCAGUUACCAGUCGGUUCUCAUUAGGCACCAGAUCAUCCACACCGGGGAGAGGCCGUACCGGUGUAACGACUGCGGGAAGGCGUUCAGUCACCACUCGGCCCUGAUCACCCAUCAGAGGAUUCAUACCGGAGAGAAGCCCUACAAAUGCAGCGAGUGCGGCAGGGCGUUCGGUCAGCACUCGGUCCUCAUUAAUCACCGGCGAAUCCAUACCGGAGAGAAACCGUACCGGUGCAACGAGUGCGGGAAGGCCUACCGUCAGCACUCGGCCCUCAUUGGCCAUCAGAGGAUCCACACGGGCGAGAAACCCUACAAAUGUAACGAGUGCGGGAAGGCCUUUAGCCUCCUCUCGCCGCUCAUCGGGCAUCAGAGGAUUCACACCGGAGAGAAGCCUUACAAAUGUAACGAGUGCGGGAAAGCCUUCAGUCAGCACUCGCACCUAAAUAAUCAUCAGAGAACUCAUACAGAGAGACCGCACAAGUGUAAGGAAAUCCGGAGACACCCUCUCGGCGUUGGCAAGCUGUUCGUCGGCAGGAAACGCGUUCUGGAGAAACACUAGGCACGGGUUGGACGGGAAAGCGCCUCCGGGAAUUACUGGUUAGAGAUCGGAAUUCCGAAAGGGAUGUUAACCGUAUAAAUGUAGUCAAUGGAGAAGAGUCUUCAUUCGGGGCCGAGUCCCUGUCCGAUCUCAUACUGGGGACGGACUCUGUAAAGCUCAGGGUUUCAAGCCUAUUUCUCUGAGGUAAAACACUGUAUUUAAACCCAAUAUCUAAAAAUCACUAGGGCUUCAAUGUAGAAGAGUCUUCAUUCGGGGCCGAGU